GCAACCUCCCCCGGGCCCGAUGAUGAUGGAGUUAAAUGUGUAAUCCGUAGACACCAUGAAAUAGCUCAAGUCAUCUCAGCUAGUCGUGGACUCAUGGGACGGAGCUUCCAAUUCCACGACUCAGCAUCGUUCUACUCCAAAGGCCCGCUUACUGGCGCUGUGUGUGACAAGUUGCAACACGAGGAAGGUCUUCCCAUCACUGUCAGCUAUGCCAUGGGUGGCCAUAUUCACGCAGUCAUGCUUUGCCACAGUAGCCGACAUUCCUGGUAUUUUCGGGCCAGUGCCAGUCAUAUCUCCGUCUCCCGCGGGUGAUAUUUCAAAGUACCUCAAGAGCCGACCAAGUGACUUCGUUCAUCCUGGUAUCUGGCACACGCAUGAGGAUCUAGAGCGCAUUCGCAAUGGAGUCCUCGAAGACAAAGAUCCCUGGGCGUCAACCUAUGCUGUCUUCAGCAAGGACAGCUACAGCUUGGCGACGUACGAGAUGAAAGGCCCGAAGCCAGUCAUCUCGCGCGGCAGCGUCAGCAACUACACAUCCUUCGCCUCCGACGCCCGAGCUGCAUGGCAGAAUGCCCUGAUGUGGUACAUCACAAAGGACGACGCCCACUGGAACCGUAGCACGAGCAUCUUGGAUAGCUGGGGUUCCAUCCCAGUCGACAUCAUCGGGACGGACCGCUCCCUCCUCAUUGGCCUUGACGGCGAUCUUUUCGUCAAUGCCGCGGAGAUCAUGCGCUGGGAGGGGAACUGGACUGAGUCCAGAGCACGCUGGCAAGGCGGGUCUGGAUUCAGCAUCCAGCUCUAUUGGUUGUUUUCGAGCCAGUCGAUCCCUAUUGGCCAGGCGAACUACGGAAUGGCUAGUAUCAAGGCCCUCUUGAGCUUUGCUGUCUAUCUCGACGAUGUCACCCUUUACAACUAUGCCAUCAAUGAGUACUUGAACAACCCCUGUGCGGGGCUAUACUCGUUCUUCGAACCCGAGACGGGCCAAAGCUCGGAGUCUGGCCGCGAUCAGAGCCAUGCCAUGUCCGGUCUGGGAUGGGUCGCUCAGGCUGCACGGGUAGCCCAGAGUCAGGGUUCUGACCUCUACAGUCAAGGUGACAACCUCCUGCUGAAAGGUGCAGAGUAUCCCAUUGACUGCUGCAAGACGCCAAAAAACGGGUGGUCCAUAAAAGCGCCCACUUUUAUCCCGCACUUCAAUCGGUACAAGGCGAAACAUCAUUUACCCCUAUGUUUUUUUACCUACUAUCACUACCAAAACCAUCAUUUCAACCAAUGUUACGAUGUCUUCUAGUGAUUCUGAUGCUUCCGAUGCCUCCGUAGCUACCGAUACCUCCGUACGGAGCUGUAUAUUCGUUGAGCUCCUUCCCGAAGACCUUAAAGUCGGCUGUACUGCCGACUGUACCCCGGAGAAGUGCGAUAAUAGCACAGUCCGGCCCCAUGAGCCUCCGGCUGAGCCUGGCUUGCCCGGCUCUUUUAUACCCUUUAAUAUACCGGCCCGGGACCGGCAAAUACGGGACUUACCGGAAACGCCGAUUAACCUUUUCCUCCGAUACGUUCCCCGGAGCCUUGUUGAGCAGUGGGUCCGGUGGACAAAUGCAGCGCCGAUAUCUAAGG